AUGGUAAUUAACUUAGAAACUCUGUGUAUCAAAACUAUUUAAAUAGGUCUGCAUCACGCAAUAUCGCAAAAAUCCUUUAUAAUUCCUCCGCAACCAAUUCCCGAUCAACUGCGAUCAAAAACCCCAAAUCUCAAAAAAAGAAAAGAAAAAAAAAAGACGAUCAAUCAAUGGCGGCGGAAAUCGAGAUCCGCGAAGUCUGGGCGAGCAACGUGGUUGCGGAAAUCAGCCUAAUCCAUAAAUUCCUGCAACAAUUCCCCAUCAUAUCCAUGGACACCGAGUUCCCGGGCACCGUGUUCAAGCCGAGCCCCCUCUUCAAGAAGCUCCCCGCCGGCGACGCCGCCUACGCCGCGAUGAAGCGCAACGUCGACGCUCUCCACCUCAUCCAGCUCGGCCUCACCCUCCACGACGCCGCCGGCAAUCUCCCGGAGCUCGGGGGCCGCCGCUGCGCCUGGGAGUUCAACUUCGCCGACUUCGACUCCAACACCGACCCCCACAACCCAGAGUCCCUCUCCCUCCUCGCGCGCCAGGGCGUCGAUUUCGCCCGCAACCGCCUCGAGGGGGUCGACUCGCGUAGCUUCGCCCUGCUCUUCAAGAUCUCAGGCCUCGGCCUCCGCCGCAGGCGGCUCACGUGGGUGACGUUUCACGGCGCCUACGACCUCGGCUUCAUGGUGAAGAUCCUGACGGGGCGGCGGCUCCCCGGCACGCUGGAUGACUUCUUGGCGCUGCUGCGCGUGCAUCUGGGGCCCAGCAUGUACGACGUGAAGCCGGUGGCGCGGGCCUUGGAGCUGCACGGCGGGCUCGAGAGGAUCGCGAGGAGCCUCAAGGUGGAGCGGGCGGCGGGGCGGAGCCACCAGGCCGGCUCGGAUAGCUUGCUCACCAUGCAGGUUUUCGUCGAGUUAAUUAAGAGAUUUGGGGAAGAGAAUAUUUUGGAGGAAUUUAAUUAUGUUUUCUUUGGCUUGACAGAAGCUUCUAGAUCAUGACUUUUGAAGGUUUAAUUAGUUUCGUGAAUUGAUCAAGAUUUUCAUUCUUUUUUUUUUUUUCUGGGUUUUGUUAGUCCCUAUUUUGUCUAUAAUUAGGUUUAAUUAUCCUGCAUUUUAAAAUUCUUUUGUAAUUCUAGUCGUGAUUCCAAUCAUUGGACUUUCAGUUUUCUUGGUGAAAAAGUGGGAUCUGUUUGUAGUUUGAUAUUCAAUGACCAAGAGGUGAAUUUUUUUCUUUUAAUCA